AUGGAUCUUCGUUGUCAACAGCAAAUUACUUUUUUACUUCUUGUACUAGAAACUUUCACAGCAAAUAAAAAACAUCAAAAAACCCCCCAAAAAAUAAUUGAUACUUAUUAUCUUCUUAACUACACUCAUAUGAUAACCAAUACAACUAUUUUAAUUGCAUUUUUAUUACCUAAUAUAAGAGCACAACAUCAACAAAGGCCUAAAACUGGAGGAUUCUGGGUUGAUGUUUUUCCAAACUUGACUGAUAAUGAUACCUUUAGUUGUGAAGCUUUGAAUGCAAUACCUGCUUGGAAACAAAUCGCAAUUACAUUAGAACAAACACUUGACAUAAGUCAAGGAUCAGUAUGUCAUUUUACAGAUCGAUUCUUGAAAGUUUUGUUAGAUUUAGAACGAGAAAGAAUAACAUGGCCACGAGAAACAAAAUUAGCAACUAUAACACAAGGGUUUGAAUAUGGAAUAUUAGGCUUAGAAUUUUUAUCUUCGAUGCGGAUAAUCAUUGAACAGGCAUUUGGAUAUUUGAAAAAACGAUGGAGAAUUUUAAAUGGUGUAUAUUGCAUAGAUUUAGAGCGAAUAGUUAGAAUAAUCUAUGCAUGCUGUAUUUUACACAAUAUUUGUAUUGAUAACAAUGAUAUAUUAGAUGAAGAUGAUGAUAUUAACAGUAAAAAUAAUGAGGAUUAUGAAGAAAUUAUGAUCAAUGAAGAAAGAGAACAUAUGGCAGACAUACAGAAAAGAGAAUAUUUAGCAAAUAUUCUUGCAGAUCUUUAUUAA